ACUCCAAAAUAUGGGUUAAUGUUCUUGAAAAGAUAAUGAUAUAGUAGUUGAGUAGCAUUGAAAACUUAGAGCGCAGAGGAACCCGCGUAACUCCGACAGCCGUUCUCUUCCGUGAGAGCCUUCUGCGAAGCUUUUGUUAGUGAUCCCUGGUCAGCUACCAGAAAUAGCAAUGGGGCUGACAUUCACGAAGUUGUUCAGUAGGCUUUUUGCCAAGAAAGAGAUGCGUAUUCUGAUGGUGGGUCUUGAUGCUGCGGGGAAGACCACAAUCUUGUACAAGCUUAAACUGGGAGAAAUUGUCACCACUAUUCCUACAAUUGGGUUCAAUGUGGAGACAGUGGAAUAUAAAAACAUUAGCUUUACUGUGUGGGACGUUGGUGGUCAAGAUAAGAUUCGUCCACUGUGGAGGCACUAUUUCCAGAACACACAGGGUCUUAUUUUUGUGGUAGACAGCAAUGACAGGGAUCGUGUUGUUGAGGCGAGGGAUGAGUUGCAUAGGAUGUUGAAUGAGGAUGAAUUGCGGGAUGCUGUUUUGCUGGUGUUUGCCAACAAACAAGAUCUUCCCAAUGCAAUGAAUGCUGCAGAAAUAACGGACAAGCUUGGUCUUCAUUCUCUCCGCCAACGCCACUGGUACAUCCAGAGCACAUGCGCUACUUCUGGAGAGGGCCUUUAUGAGGGAUUGGAUUGGCUUUCCAACAACAUUGCUAGCAAGGUGAGUUCAUGACGAAGCUCUAGAAACUAGCACGUAUAAAUCAAGGAUAAACUGCAAUAAAAUCCAUCUUUAGCAAGCUUUUGCCCACUGAAACUGCAAUUUAAAUGUCAGGUAGAGCUUAAGCAGAAGAAUAAACCUUGUAGUUCCCAUGUCUGCUAGUAACUACCAUCCCAUUCAUCUUUUGUUUGGCAGGCAUGAGCAAAAAAUUGGAGGAUUGGUUGUGAUGGGUUUUCUCCUGCUGUUCGUAGUCUAGUCUUAUAAUGGGAUCUUGUCGAUCCUCAAACAGGAUACUUUACCUUAAUUUUUCAGUGAAUGUAUGCUGUAGCAUGGUGGUUAACUUGAUUUGCUCAACAAGGUAUCGUUCGUACUCCUGUUAAUCUGAUUUAGCUAAUGCUUCUAGCUAUCAUUAGCAGAACCACUAGUACUGUUAUGAUCAGUUUCUGCCUGUGCUGUUAAUCACUCUGUUUGGCUUACAUUGGUUUCGAUGAUUUUCCUUGGGUGCUUGUAUUAAAAACCUUUUAGUUGUGGA